GCGAAAAUAGGGCAGAAAAAAGCUUAACGACGUUGAACGUUUCCACCAGGCAACUACUUUUCAAAAGUUUCUCCUUAGCUUUUGUUUUUUACAAAGAAGAAGAUCAUUAUUGUUGGGACUUUUCCUCUAUUCCGAUUAAUCACUUCAUCGCAUUGUUGGUGUUUGACAAUAUAAUGGCACUGAAGUACAUAGUUGGUUCUGUGGUUGCAUCCUUUGCAUUUGCAUACGUUUGUGACACUGCUACUUCUGACCAUAAGUUGUUUGGAGGUACUGCUCCAAAGACCGUUGCUACCGAUGAAUGGUGGAAAGAGACGGACAAAAAAUUCCAGGCGUGGCCUCGUACUGCUGGUCCUCCCGUGGUUAUGAACCCCAUCAGACGCCAAAAUUAUAUUGUCAAAUCUUGACUCAGAUUCAUCUCAUCACCUCAUGUCUUUGUUCUGCUGCUACAUUUGCCAUUUUUCUAGUCAUUAUCAUAGUUUAAUGUUUCUUCAGUUUGUUUCUGUUUCCCAUGGGUACAAACAUCAUCUGCUGGGCUAAUAUGAGUAAUUGCUUAUGUU